CACAGAUCAAAAUUCACCUCAAGUAAAGUCGACCAUAAAUGUAUCUUCCUUAACCUGAAGAGGAAGCUUUGAUACAUGAUGGUGUUGGUGAUUCAGCUCAUCCUCCUUCUCUCCGUCUUGGUCUCAGUUACAGAAAGCUAGAACAAAACAUGAAUUUUCUGGCAGUAACAGUACAAGCAGAUCUGGGAGAACCAAAGGCAUCUCAUCAGGCUCAAGGCUCUAUUGGACAAACCUGAAAUCAGGCUCCUCCUUCCUCUGCUUGGGGCACCCACCUAGAUGUUACCCACUCUUCAUUGGUUCCACAAUGGAUGACACUCCAAUUCCUGGUCUAGAAGAGGAUGGCACCCUGCCCCCCUGUCCUGCAGAGGGUGUCAGUCCCCCCACUCUGCCUGGCCAGUGUAGACACUGCCCAUUUGAGGAUUCAAAUGAGGAUGGGUUCCCUUUUGAGUCUGGUUCCUCUCAAGUGUGCAGUGAUGUUUUUAAGCUGGUUAACAGUUCUGUUAAAUUGGUCAUGCAAAAAAAAGUUGAAAAGUUCUAUGAUAUUGGCUGGAUAUUUAACACGGAAAACAAUAUUGUGAGAUAUAAUGGAAAUCCUCCAAGUAAAGUAUUUGGAAGUUAUAAAGACAAGGUGGAGUUCAAUGAGGAAACCUACAGUCUGACACUGAAGAACGUACAGAAGAAUGACAGUGGAAUCUAUGAAGCAAAAGCAAUUGAUGAACAGACUGUAACUGUUGCUACAUACCAACUAUAUGUGUUGGAUCUAGUGGAGAAACCAGUCCUGUCUGACUCUCUCCAGCAAAGCAAUGACACCUGUAAUGUGACUCUCACCUGUGAAGCUCAGAAGCUCUCAGUAACCUCUCACUGCUACAAUAAUAAUUGUGAUUUGAGAAAAAAAAAAACAUCUGGAGACAUGUUCCUUUCCCUCUCACUGCAUGUUAGUAACAGCUUUAUCAUCUGUAAUCAUAGCAACCCAUUGAGCUGGAAAAAUACAAUUAUGGAGAUGAAACAUGUGAAACAACUCUGCCCUGAUAAAGGAGAUGAGAAUGGUUCUGGGUUAAAUAUGGCUGACACAAAGACUGUUCUAUUACUGACAGGCAUUUCCACCAUCAUCAUCAUCAUCUUCUUCAUCAUUAUAUGUUGUCAGAGGAAAAGAAGAACAAAAGUUAAUUGUCAAAACAAGAAGAAUGAUGCAAGUUCAGAUGUUUUCAACAUGGUCUAUGAAGAAAUUGAGCCUAUGAACAAGGGGGGAAAUAAAGCACAGUCAGAGAACCAUGCAGCUGCUGAUUCUGUGUACUGUACUGUCGGGAUGGCAGCCCAGGCUUGUAGUAAAGAUGCGAGCACUGUAAGCACUGCAAACCCUGGCAGCAAGAAUCAAAGAGCAGAGAGGAACUGUGAGUCAGUGGAUCAAACCAUUUUUGUUACCGUGAACAAGGCCCGUAAACCUGUCUACAAAGCAUGAACAUGUCUUGUAGCUUUAUGAUUGACAUUUUUAUGUCACUGCCAUAAAACAUUCCUCAAACAGCAAAAACGCCUUAAGAAUUCUAGACACAUAUCAUUUGUACUGAUGAUUAUGUUUGGAGAGGAGAAAACAUUGGCUACGAAGAGAAACACCAGAAAACAGGUAGUUGGGGCAAUUUGGUUGAUGUUGAUGGCUAGAUGAAAGGGUUUCGAGAAAGGGUUUGGUGUAGAUGGUUUUCAAUCCAGUAAAGCAGGAGCCACACUUAAUUCCACCAGUUGGCUUUGAGUAAACCUUUGCUUAGUUGGAAUGAAUGUAUGCAGUUUUACAAACUCAAAUUAUAAUUAGAUUUAAAUUUUAAUUUGAUUUACAUUUUAAUUGUCUGUUUUAUUGCUUAUUACGUUUAAUAGAAAGCAUAGAUCUUUGCUUUCUUAAAAUAUUUACCUUUUUAAUCACUCUAAAUAAAUAUAAAUGAAUGUAUAGAGUGGUAUUAAAGCCUCAUUAUGGUGUAAUGUUGUUGUGAAGUGUUGUUGAUUAUUGUUCAUAGUAUGAUAAUACAAGAUGGAAAAAAUUAUAGGUCUUCAGUAUUUACCAUGACCAUUCCAUUUAUGACCAAGGAUUCAUGUUCAUGGCUAAUGGAUCCCCUCAUGUGUAUGACCAGUGUUUUUUUUGUUUGUUUUGUUUGUUUGUUUUAGGUAUUAGAUAGAUACAGGCUUUUUUAUAUAUAUUUUCAUUAAAAAAUAUUUUUACAUAUUUUUUAUAAAUACAAGUAUUACAUUUAAGGUGUUUAAUAAUCAUGUAUUAUACUUCAUGUAUAUGUUUGAUGUAUUAUUUCA